AGCUCGACGGACAGAUGCCUAGCUCGAGCAAAGUCUGGAGAAGGUCCUGCACGACCAUCUCCACAUCGCUGACGCUGCUCGGUCCAUCCAUCGAUCGAUGGCAGGCAGUGGAUAGAUAGGCCAGCUAGCUGCUAGCAAUACGCGACCCUGCAGGCCCUGCAACGGCCGCUCAUCGCUCGGUCGCCCUCAUGAGCGAGGCCAAACCUGAUCCUGCCUCAGAGGAGCACUGGGAUCCGCUAGCCUUCCAGACAGAGCUCGAUGCAGCGUUUGCCUCUCGCCGUGCGCUCGUUGACUCGUGGAUACCGGACACCUAUCUAGCAAAGCAUGGACGACAGAGCGCAGAUGGCCCCCCGCCUGCUCUCAGCACAAGACCUGCCAAACUCGGCUUGGGUGCAAUCCCGGCUAAAGGGUCAACUCUACCCCAAGCAGAACUCGCCAAGAAGCUCCUGAGGCCCGCAGAGAGGACACGCCUGGGCGUCUUCAGGACCGAUGCAUCCGGAAGUAAGCAGAGCACGAGCAGCAGCACCCUGUCGGCUGCCAUCGAAGGUGGAGAUCAGAGCAGCGACGAAGAGAGCAGUCGCGCAAAUGCAAUCAAGCCGCGCCACUUGGCGUCAUCGUCGGCUGCCAAUGGACACCUGAGUGCCAAGAACAAGCCGAUCCCAGACCAGCAGAUCGGACAGACCUCUUUGCCGUCGAAAGCCAAAGACGCCCUCGGCUCGCCCGAGACAGCCGGCAACCGGGAACCGAAUGAGCCCGCCCUCUUUGCAACUCCGUCGCCGCAAAAGCCAGUUCCGACGCGUGAAGCACCGUGGGGGGUUGCGACCGUACCUACCGGCAGCUUCUAUGGCGCUCGACCCCCGAAUCUGGCAUCAAAGUACGCAAUCGACGCUAGCCUGCAUGGAAAGGAACGCAAGAAAGCCCAAAAGGCAGCGCGCAAGGCACAGAAGCAAGCUGCGCGAUCCCGUGCACAGCCUAGCAGUGCAAUGCUUGACGAGCCACAGCCAGAGACCUUGCAGCCCUCGCCGAGCAGCAUCCGAUCUGCAGACUUGACGGAAGCCAGCGUUCGUGAUGAGCCUAUCUCGAAGAGCAAGGCAAGACGAGAGAAGCGCAAACAGAGACGAGAUAACAGCCUCGAGAUGAAAAGACAGCGUCACGAAUGAGGGCUCGAUGCAAUACAUCUAAGUCGCACUCUGAGCCUCCUGCCUUUCUGCGGCGGGCACGGCCGAGCUAGCGGCAGUGGCAUCGCUCUUGAGCAGCUUGAGCCUGGCGUCGAGGAUCAUCCGCGUCUUUCGGUCUCUGACA